AUGAAGAUCAUGAUGCAUGAGGCACGUUCGCCGGUUGGCCCCAUUUCCCGGUUUCAGCGUACGUUGUGGUGGCUGCUACUAGUUACCGCCCUUGGCAGCCCUCGACACUCGACAACCAGCGCCACACCGACGGCUCCGACCAAGGAGACGAUCCCACCCGUCCAUCAUCGCUGGAGCCGCUCGGAGUCGAUGGAUCCGAAUGGGCUGUACACGCUCGAUUGGCACGUGGACCAGAAGGACAUCGUGUUCACGGCCACGGCCAACACGCGUGGCUUCAUGGGUCUCGGGUUCUCGCACCGCUCCGAGCAUAUGGCCGGAUCGGACCUAGUGCUCGUCUGGGUCGACGAUCGUACCGGCAAACCGAACGUACUGGAUUGUCACGGCUCGAAGGAUAACCACCACAUGCCGGUUCAGGAUGAUACGCAGAACUAUCACAUCGAAAGCGGAUUCCAGAACCUGACCCAUACCAGCGUUACAUUCCGGAGGGCGCUAGAGACCUGCGAUCCUCAUGACAUAAUUAUUGGUGCCGAUACGAUGAAGGUGCUGUGGUCGUACGGUGAUCGGGAUCCAGUAGCCGGCAGCUUGAAAGGACACAGCAAAAAUCGUGGGGCUCGCUCGAUCCACUUUCUCGGACCGCAGUUCCGGCGACCAACGGAUCAGCGAGAAGAUCUGCGCCAGUGGGACGUAACGGUGAAGAACGUCUCCAUCGACGCCAGCAUGGACACGCUGUACUGGUGCAAAAUCCUGAAGGCGCCAACGUUGCGCGAGAAACACCACAUCAUCGGCUACGAGGCGCUGCUGACUAAGGAAAGCUCAACGAAACAACCGCUCGUGCACCAUAUGACACUAUUCGAGUGUUCCACCAACUCGUACCCCGGUUCCGAUCCCAACUCCUGGGACGUAUGGGUCAAGAGCAGCGGUGCCGUAUGUAACAGCAAUCUGCUGACACCACGCGACUGGGAUUCGUGCAUCACCCCCGUUGCGACGUGGGGUGUCGGUGCAUCCGGUCAGUUUCUUCCCGAGCACAUCGGUAUCCCGAUUGGGGGCGAUAAGGGUGCGGCCCGGUACUACAUGCUCGAGGUGCACUACGACAAUCCGCGUGCGAAACGGGUACUGGAUCACUCCGGCUUCCGGAUUCACUACACGCGUCAUGUCCGGCGCCACGAUGCCGGUAUGAUGAUUUCGGGUGUGUCCGUUUCGGAUACGCAAAUGAUACCGCCCGGCCAAAAGCUGUACCGGAACGUCGGUAUCUGUGGACCGUCCUGCACCGGUGCCGUGUUUCCAGAGAUCGGUAUUAACAUUGUAUCGGCCGCUCUGCACUCGCACGUAGCCGGUCGAAAGAUGAGCCUGCGGCAUGUGCGCGAAGGCAAGGAGCUACCCCGGAUCGUCGAAGACGAUAACUACAAUCACAACUUCCAGCAGAUCCGUCAGCUGGAGAACGAAACCAAUGUGCUGCCCGGAGACUAUCUGAUUACGGAUUGUGCUUAUGAGACCGUUGGCCGAAGGCGACCGACGCUGGGCGGAUACUCGACGAAGCAAGAAAUGUGCCUUUCGUUCAUCACGUACUACCCAAAGAUCGAGCUGGCCGGUUGCUACAGUAUGACGCCAGUGAAGGAGUUUUUCGAAACGUUCGGCGUGUUCCAGUUCUACGCGAUGAACAUGACGGACGUAGAGAAUCUGUUCCUCUACAACGGCAACAUCCUGGAUCUGCUGCCGACGACGAUCUUCCCGAACUUUGCGCCCGGUGGCGAGGUGGACGACGAGCAGAACCAGCUCGCCAUACGGGCACUCCAGAAUGCCCGGGAGUACAGCAUUGUCGAGGAGGAGGAAGAUGUCCUAUACCGGGAAUCAAUCCUCAAUCGGCUAAUCAUUUCUGAUCCGGUCGAGUUUCACGAUCGUACUUUUUUGUCACACCUGAACCAACUGCCAUGGUCGGAACCACUGUUCACGCGGCGCGUGGAACAGAGCAUACUUACGGGCAAGCACAUGACCUUCUGCCGUGUGUCCAGCGAUUCUAUCUCAGUGGCUUCGGAAAUAUUCAAAUACCCUACCUUCGAUACGUUCGUGAAAGCUCCCAGUCAGUGUCCGUACCAUCUGUUUAUGGACCUCUCGAACCAUCACCACUCCUCCUCCACCGCACACCGGCGUAUGUCCAGCACGAAGUUACUCAUCCUGGCUUUGCUUAUCCUGUAUCGACGGUUAAGUCACGCGCAUACACUCUAA